AUGACACAAUUAUUUGAUUUAAUUAGUUUUCCACCAUUUAAAUUAAAAGAGACUACUAAUGUUCCAAUAUAUCAAGCAUUAACAAGAGUCAUUUCUUCACAAUUUGGAACUGUUUAUCCAUCAAUACAACCCUCACUUAAACUUAUAGAAAAUUUAAGAGAUAAACUUGUCAAUUCUAAUAAUCCUGAGAUAAUUAUCAAAAGUGGAACGGAUUAUUAUAAUUAUCUCAAUCUUUUAAUUCAUAGAAUUGAUUUAAACUCAAAUCCUCUUCAAAUAACUUUUAAAUGGUCAGACACAUUUAAAAAGGAUAAUAGUAGUAGCAGUUCUUCAUUAAUUUAUUUUGAAUUAGCUAAUGUAUUAUAUAAUGUUGCUAUUUCUCAUAUUUUAUUAUGUAUUUCUUUAUUUAAAAUUCAAAUCCAACCAGCAAUAAAUCAUUUAAAAUCAGCAGCGUACAUUUUUAAUGAAAUCCUAAAAGUUAUUUCUGGUAAUGAAAAACAAAUAACAUUAGUUGAUAUUCAUCCUGAUGUAUUAAAAACACUUAAUCAGUUUUGUAUUCUUUCUAUUCAAUAUCUUUUCUAUCAAAAAUCUAAACAAGAAAAUAAAACACAAGCCACUCAACUAAAGCUUGGUGCUGGGGUUUAUCGUCUUUCAUUAUUAGUACAUGAGUCAUUAAAAAUUAGUAAAGAAUUCUUUUCACGACCAAUUUACGCUGUUAUUUGUAUGUUUUUAAGAAUUGUUGUAUCUGAAGUUCAAUUACAAAUUUCUUCACAUAAUGCAAAGGAAGAAUUAAAAUAUGGAGAGCAAAUUGCACGUACUAUGAUUGUUAUUAAUGACCUUGAAUCAAUUUCUCAUUUAAAAGAAUUACCAAAAGAAUAUAAAGGAAGUUGUGAUAAUAUUAUUAAAUCAUUAAAAGCUAAUUUGGCUCAAUAUGAAAAAGAUAAUAAUGAAAUUUAUUUCCAAAAUAUACCAGAACCAAAUGAAUUGGAAUAUCCAGAAGCUACAAUAUUAGCCAAAACAAAUCCUAUUUCUCCAAUAGAAAAUAAUCCUUUUAAAGAGUUAUUACCAUUAAAAAUUAGAACUUCAUUUAGUAAUUAUAUUAUAAAAGCAAAGCAAGUUAUUGAUGAUACCAAAAAAAUUUCUCCAGCAGCUACAAAAACAGGAAAUGAUUAUUUAGCUCGAAUAAAAUUAAAUGAGUUAAUUCAAGUAAUAACAAGUCCAGAUAUAGUUCCAUCAGACAUUGAAAAAUUUAUUAAAGAAUUUAGUGAAACAAAACAAUAUAGUAAAUUAAAAGAAAGUCUUGAUAUUAUUAAACAAACAACUGAAAAGAAUGAUAAUAUGAUUAAAGAAAUAAGACAAAGAUUUGAUGAAGAAGCAUUAAAAGAUCAAGACGGAAUUAUGAAAUAUCGAAAUUAUUGGAAUAUUCCACUUGUUAGUAAUCAACAAGAUAAAAUUAAUAAAAUAAGAGAAAUUGAUAAUUUUAUAACAACAAGUAAAAGAAAUGAUAUUGAUUCAAUAACUAAAAUGAAGUUAAAUGAUGAAAUGCUUAGUUUAUUUGAACAAGGAGUUAAAGAAUUAAUUAAAUUCUUCCCAACUAAAGAAGAAAAAGAAACAGUUUUACCAAUUAUUAAAACAUUAGAAGAAGAAAAAAGUGAAUGGGAAAAUAUUAUUAAUGAUAGAGAAGAAUUACUUCAAUUAAUUUUAAAUAGUGCAAUGGUUCAAGAAUCAGAAUUAAUUGAUGAAUUAAAUUCAAGUGAUAAUCAAGCAGGAGUAGUAGAAAAAUAUACUAAAAAAUUAGUUGCAUUAACUUCACAAAUGCAACAAUCAUUUGACAAUCAACAAACAUUAUUAAAACGUAUUGAUAAAAACAAAUCUGAAAUUCAAAUAAUUUUAGGCUCAAAAGCAAUUGAAUUAAAUACAAAUAUUAAUAAAAUUUAUAAUGCAAUGAAAAUUGUUGGCGAACUUAGAGAUGAAAUUGCACAAUCAAUGUCUUAUCAUGCAUUUAUUUUAAGUAAAAUUACAACAUUACAAAAUGAUAUUUUUACUUUUUGUGAUAAACAUAGUUUUGAAGUACAAGACCUUUUACGAAGAUUAGAGUCAGCUAAAAUUAAACCAUUAUCUAAUUCUGCUCCUCAGUUCCAAUUUAAUACUCAAAAACCUUUACCUCCACCUCCGGCUAAACCAUCACUGUCUCUUUCUUCUCAACAAGAAUUUAAUACUCAAAAACCUUUACCUACUCCUCUUCCUAAAUCGGUAUCUUCUGUUAGAUAUGCAAAUGGAUAUCCCCCUCAACCUUCACUUUACAGUUCUUCUCAACAAUAUCCCCCUUCUCAAUAUACUAAUCUCAAUUCUUCUUUUGAUACAACUAAAUCUCGUUCUAUUCAACAACCAAAUGUAGUAUAUUCCCCUUACCAAUCUACACAAAAUCCAUAUGUUAUGAAUCAUCCAACAACACCUUAUACACAAAAUAAUUAUCCAAUUCAACAACCUUAUUAUCAGCAACCAUCACAAGUAUAUCGUCCUCAACAAAUUAAUCAACCAAAUUAUCCAGCACCUGGUUACACUGUACAAACAGCAACUGGAUAUCCAGUCCAACCUAAUGCAUAUCCCAUAAAUAGAAACACUGUUCUUAAUCCAUAUCAAACCACACCACAAAUGCAACAACAAAGCAUGUAUUCAUCACAGAAAUACUAUCAUUAG